ACACUUCAUACUUCUCUUCACAAUUCCAAGCAGGAAGUAUGGCUCUCAACUUGACACAUCGGUUGUGUUUUCAGAGAUGCGUUUUUCACCCCCUCGCUUCUAUCCUCGCACUCAUCCCACUCGCCACUUCACUAAGACUACAAAGGUAAGUGAAACUUUCGAUGGUGGUUCAGUGAGAUAUGCUAAAUUGUUGAUUUAUAAAAGAGAGCGAUUGAUGAUGUUUUCGCCGAGGCUGCUAUUCCAAAGUCCGAAGGUACCCGAGUCCUUUCCCACUUGGAAAGGCUGACCGCCGUAGAAACCGUAAGAAUCAAUUCACAAUCAGUUCAGCACAUGCUAACAGAUACUCACAAAGGAAGUUGCAAUUCACCGAAAGGCUAUUACUGAUGGAUUUAUGGAAAUUAAAGGGUGGAUUGAGAUGAUGAUGGUGUUUGGCGGUGGAACUAUUUUCUUUGGAUUCGGAUCGGUGGGUUCACCAUUGCAUACUUGUUUUCUGAGUUGUUUCGCUCACAUUCAUAUCUACAGCUUGCCUACAAAGUGAUGGUGUAUGACGUUGAUGCCAAAAAAGAAAUGAUGGCACAUACCGCACGUGUCGUCCACGAGUAGUGUUGUGCACGAGCCGAGCCGGGCUCGAGCCCUUCGAGCCUAGGGGCCUCGAGCCUAGGUGGUCACUAGGCGCGAGCCGGCUCGAACAGGGGUCCACGAGCCGACUCGAGUCAGGAAUUGGACUCGGGGAUAGUGGGAAGGUCAUUUGGCUAGUUGUAUUUGUUUUCAAGUUGCUAUAUGCAAUUUUUGGUUGAUUUGAGUGAUAAUGGCAGUGGGUAGAGGUAUCGUGACCAGUUUGGACUCAAGCCUCUUGGCGGCUCAAGUCCAGGUCUGGGCUCGGCUCGAGCCGGCUCGUGAACAACACUAUCCACGAGUCGGAGGAGAAACUCCAGACCCGCUUCGGUAGCCGCGUAGAUAACUUUGAACAAAAAACCCGGGCUCAGAUCAAAAACUUGAAGCUUGAGACGAAGUCAGAGAUUGACAAGCUCGGGCAUUUGGUCGAAUUGUCUACCAAGAAACGC